UUCCAGGACUCGCAACAGUGUUGCGGCAACAUUGUCUCAGCUCAAAGUCGGCGACACAGGCGACAAAAAGUUGUUAACUACUUACAGGUUAAAAUGCUAAGGAAAGCUUGGGCGUGUUAGGCACUUUCAACAGUUUGGAGAGUUCUACUUUACCUGCACUUCCGCCAUGACCGUGGAGAUGAAAGGGUCCUCAGGUGCGCGUGGCGGCGGCAGCAAACUCUCGCGGCACCUGACCAGCGUGGGAAUCAACCCCGCGGCUGUGGCCUACGCCAUGACCACUUUGGGCUCCUGCAUGAUCAACAACAUAUUCACCUUCUACUACGUUAAACUCUUCAUCAACAAGUACAAGAUCUCAGAAGGCGCCUUCCACCAGUCACAGGUGGUGUACAUGCUGUGGAAUGCCAUCAACGACCCUCUCUUUGGAUACCUUCAAGAUACCUCCAAGGUGCCUUGCUGUUCUCACAGGCGUCUCUCCAUCCUGUACGGUGCCCCCCUCUACUCCUUGGCCUUCCUCAUCGCCUGGUUCCCGUGGAGGUCCUACGAGCCUGGCGACUGGCUCAGCGGCCUUCACUUGAUGGCGGCGUUGUGCUUGUUCGAUGGCAUGCUCACGUUUGUGCUGCUGGCUCAGUGCGCCCUGUUCGCCGAGAUUUCCGGCCACCAUCAGAACCGGUUGAGACUCAUCAAGUACAACCAGGUGGCGUCGCUGCUCGGCUCGUCCAGCGUUCUCUUCUGCGGCCUGCUGUCCAAAAACAUGGAAGACUUUGCGGCCUUCCAAGCCUUCACCGUCAUCGUGGCCAUCCUGAGCUGUGGAUGCAUGCUCUACACGGGCGUCCACAGCGAGAGCCGAUUCGAUGACAAAGGACCCCAGGCGGACGCCCCGCAGUGUUCCGACCACGCCUCCCAAAGCUUGCUGGCGUCCCUCUCCACGGUGAAGACGCUGACGUGGCAAAUCCUCGUCAACAGAGACUUCCAGCUCUUCGUGCUCAUGAACUUCUUCCAGGUUUUCAUGUUGGCUUUCUUAAGUAACUUCACGCUGAUAUUCGCCGAGCACCUCAUUCCCCCAGACGUGCUGUCGUCGCUGGCCAAGAGCAUCAUGUACGGCGCGGGGUUCAUUUGUCCGCAGUUGUUAGUUUUGAGCUGUGAGAGACUUCUUCGUGGCCUGGGCUAUUACAGGAUCAUCCUGUACACCUUUUACUUGGAGGUGGCAAUAGGGGCUUUUAUGCUUUCAGUUGGACCUCAGCACCAUCGCAUUCUGGCCUUGUUCCUCACUGUGAGCAUGGUCUUGGUCCAAGCAGUCUUCAGUCUGUUCGGGUUGCCCCUGGCAGACAUCAUUGAUGCAGACAUGCAGAAGUACAAGCGCAGUUCCCCUCUGUCCUCCAUGGUGUUUGGGACCAACGCCCUGUUCACCAAACCUGCUCAGUCUCUGGCCCCGAUGAUGGUGAUUAAAAUCCUGAACCAGUUUGGCUAUGAGCAGCUGAAAGAUGCUGGCAGCGAGGUCGAUCCAAAAGCGUUGGCGAGCCUCCACAGCGUGAUGUUCUACUUGGUGUGUGUGGUGCCCAUGUGUGUCGCUGCCGUCCAAGUCCUGGCUUGGAGACCCUUUUCUAUACGCAGCAGUCACACGGUGGAAAGCAAGUACGUCGACUCCUAAUUGAGCUUUCUUCUUUCUGGGCCUUGGCCACGUGUCGCUGGGGAAAUGUAGCAUGAUCAAUAUUGGAAUGUUUGGCUUUUCCCUUUGAAGAGGAAAGUGUGUACAUAUUGACUUUUACCAAUGUCGGAUUAAUAAUGAGCUUUUCGAGGUUGAUCACAAACAUUGAAAUGAGGCCAACAUACAGUGGGACCCGUUUGGGUCAACCAAGCCAUCAAAUCCUGAUCCACCGUGUUCUUAAGUCUUAAACGUGUCGGCUUAAACGGGAUUUGCAGUUUAUUGUGCCUAUGAUUCACAAUUUCAAUGUAAGACAAGAAUACAUAGAAUGUUUUCAAAAGUCAGCUAAGAAUGGAAGUAAUAGGAUUCAUGACGUCAUUGUGCUCAUAAAGCCCUCUAAAAGCAUCCAAACACCAGCAAGACUCUCUAUUUACAUCUUGUGACAGGAAUAAUAACCAACUUUCAGCCAUAUUGUUAUUGUUAGUCCCCACGUUAAGGGGCUACUUUUAGCGGCGCAUUGAUCAGAGCUGUGUCUUUCAACCACUGGUGUGUGGUGAGAUACAGUCUGGUGUGCCGUGGGAGAUUAUCUUAUAUUCAUUUAAUUGGGUUAAAAAUAUUUUUUGCAAACCAGUAAUUAUAAUCUGCAAAUGAUGUGUUGGCAGAAAAGAAAAGAAACGGCAGAUCAACUGGUCUAAAAGGGGGGUCUAUUUAAAGGCUAGAGCAGUGGUUCUCAAAUGGGGGUACGCGUACCCCUGGGGGUACCUGAAGGUAUGCCAAGGGGUACGUAAGAUUUUUUUUUAAAUAUUCUAAAAAUAGCAACAAUUCAAAAAUCCUUUCUAAAUAUAUUUAUUGAAUAAUACUUCAAGAAAAUAUGAAUGUAAGUUCGUAAACUGAACAUCAAAUCAAGUAGGCUAUUCCAUUCAUGACCAUAAAGCCAGAGUUCCCCCCAUGCCGUGAUGGUUUGACCCUCACUAAAAUGUCUGUCAAAAAGAACUGUGAAAAGAAAUGCAACAAUGCAAUAUUCAAUGUUGACAGCUAGAUUUUUUUGUGGACAUGUUCCAUAAAUAUUGAUGUUAAAGAUGUAUUUUUUUGUGAAGAAAUGUUUAGAAUGAAGUUGAUGAAUCCAGAUGGAUCUCUAUUACAAUCCCCAAAGAGGGCACUUUAAGUUGAUGAUUACUUCUACCGUAUUUCCUUGAAUUGGCGCAGGGAAUAUAGUAUUUGCACGUCUGGAAUUACUGCCGGGUCAAACUCGUUUCUCAAAAUAAUUAACGCAUGCUUGGCCUUAUCGCAGGUUCAUUAUUGACGCCGGAUCAAAUUCGUUUCGCAAAAUAUUAAUUUUAUUAUCACAUGUCUAUAAUUUUCGCCGGGUUAAACUAGUUUCGCAAAAUAUUUAGCAUAUGUCUAGAACUUCCGCCGGGUCAAAUUCGUUACGUCACGAGUGACGAUUUACCUGUCCUCAUUUUCAAAAUGGAGGAAGCUGCUUUCAGUAGUUUGCAAUCGCACAAAGGAAAAAAGAUAAAGAGCUAUUCAGUAGGAUUUAAGGUCCAAGCUAUUGAAUACCGGUACAGUAUGCUAAAAAGAACAGUAAGCAGCUAUGUUUUAUUAAUAUACCGUAGCUGCGUGUGUCAAAUACUGUAUGAGUCAUUAAAUGACUCCCGCCUCCUGGUGGUAGAGGGCGCUAGUGAUCCUUCUUGCGACUUCCGGUACUGCAGAAGAAGUGACAACACGCAGCAACAGAUCGUCUCUUUUUUUUUCCUCUCGCCUGAACUUCUAACAUGGAGGAUUACAUACCGGUAUCUAAAAUAAAACAGUUUUCUAAACUGGACUUUCAAUGGAAGCAGGAGGUAAUAAUUAAAGGAGUAUCUCCAUCGAGACAGAGACUUUUAAAACUGAAGAAAGAAAAUAAGGAAGACUUCUAUAAACAAGUUAUCGAUGCUUUUGGUCAGAAGGAGCUGCAAAUGGACUCCAUUUAUAAGUACAGGUAAGACCAUAAUAACGUUUUUUUUAUUAAAUGUGCUUUUCAUGAUGGUAUGCUUACAUCACACUCAAAGCGCACGCCUAAAUUUACCGCAUUCUUUUUGGUAAACGCCGGAGUGAGAAGAGGUUUUAAAAUAAUUAGCGCAUGCACGGCCGGCUUCCGGUAAACGCCGGAGUGACAGGAGGUUUUAAAUUAAUUAGCGCCCCUGCGGCUAUUCAAGGAAAUACGGUAUGUGUACAAAUCUUUAUUUAGAAUUGAAUCACUUGUUUAUUUUUCAACAAGUUUUUAGUUAUUUUUACAUCUUUUUUUCCAAAUAGUUCAAGAAAGACCACAACAAAUGAGCAAUAUUUUGCACUGUUAUACAAUUUAAUAAAUCAGAAACUGAUGACAUAGUGCUGUAUUUUACUUCUUUAUCUCUUUUUUUCAACCAAAAAUGCUUUGCUCUGAUUAGGGGGUACUUGAAUUAAAAAAAAAUGUUCACAGGGGGUACAUCACUGAAAAAAGGUUGAGAAUCACUGGGCUAGAGUAUAGAAAUGAGUUUUAAGAUGGGACUUAAAUGCUUCUACUGAGGUAGCAUCUCUAACUGUUACCGGGAGGACAUUCCAGAGUACUGGAGCCCCAAUUGUAGUCUCUCAAAGUCUGCAGUGAGUAGAUAUCAGUGAUGUAGUGUGAAAAAAUAUCCUCAAAAUAAGUAAAUAUGAAGUGUUAUAAUAAAUGUGCCUGAUACUACAUUACAUACUGUAUGUACUGUACUUACAUCAUGCAUAUAAAACCUUAAUGGAGGUGUUUGGAUGUCUUUUAAGGGCUUUAUAGGCAGACUAGAGCGGCUCCCGUAGGCUCCAUUGUAAGCAGACUUUUGAUCGGAUGUAUUUAAUAUUUAGAAUGCAUUAAAUAAAUACAUCCGUAGUAUUGUCUGUCAUAAUGAUUGUGAACAAUAGACAAACUUCCAAAAAAAAAGUGGUCAUAGUUCAGUUCAUUUUGGGAACAGUAGUACAAUACAGUGCCAAACUAUUUCAAUGUUAUUUAGUCAAAUUUUUUAUAGGUGAUACUGUGCAUGGUACUAUAUUAUAUAAUGUCAUCUGAUGUGCCUUUUUUGACAUGUUUGGGUAACCAAUGAUAUUUUAAGGAAAAUUGUUUAUAGUUCAGGUUGUAUUUUAUUAAAAGAAAAUUCAUGUCAACAUUCACGCAUUUGCUUCUUGUGACACAUGAAGGUACCCGUAUGUCCAGAAGUAUUUAGACCAGGGGUCACCAACCUUUUUGAAACCACGAUCUACUUCUUGGGUAGUGAUUAAUGCGAAGGGCUACCAGUUUGAUACACACUUAAAUAAAUUGCCAGAAAUAGCCAAUUUGCUCAAUUUACCUUUAACUCUAUGUUAUUAUUAAUAAUUAAUGAUAUUCACACUUAAUUGAACGGUUUAAAAGAGGAGAAAACACGAAAAAAAAUGACAAUUAAAUUUUGAAACAUAGUUUAUCUCCAAUUUCGACUCUUUAAAAUUCAAAAUUCAACUGAAAAAAAGAAGAGAAAAACUAGCUAAUUUGAAUCUUUUUGAAAAAAUUAAAAAAAUAAUUUAUGGAACAUCAUUAGUAAUUUUUCCUGAUUAAAAUUAAUUUUAGAAUUUUGAUGACAUGUUUUAAAUAGGUUAAAAUCCAAUCUACACUUUGUUAGAAUAUAUAACAAAU